AUGAAGCGCAAAGGUUCCAAAAGGAGUGGCAAAUUGGAGGACGACAAUGUCCAAACCGAAGACGAGCCUCAAGAGAAAAGAGGCAGGAAAAAAUCCAGAGCUUCCGAGCCCCGUCAUUCAGAUGAUGAAAGUCCGAGCUCUAGCACAAGUAAUGGAAGCCCGGACAAAAAAGGUCGCAGAUCAGGAAGACAAUCCUUGCCCAAAAAAACUCAUGAUGAAGAUGAAGCUCAGUCUUCGGAUGAUGAAGUGCUUGCCACCAAAGUGAGUCCAAAUGGCGAUUCUUCAGAGAAGAAGAAAAAGGAAAAAAAAAUAAAAAAUCAAAAGGCAAACCAUCUAAGAAGAAACAAGCCGAAGUACCUGAGGAGUCUGGGGAGUCUUCAGAUGAUGAUGAAGUGCUUGCCACCAAACAAACCAACUAAAGGGAAACAAGCCAAAGAGGCUGAGGAUGAGGAGUCCACUGCAGAAAAGGAUCCUCUCGCCGACGAUGACGAGGAAGGAGGGGACGAUUCAGAAAGAUUUUUUUAUGAAUUGAGAUUCUGA